ACAAGACAUUAUGCUAAAGUCCAGUGUUGUAAAAUAGAUCGAAUCUGUACAUUGAAAGGGCUUGGUUGUGCUUGUGUUCCUGUAGAGCAUCACAUAUCGCCUUGGUAAAUACAUCCAUUAUGAAUAGAGUAAAGGUGGUGUUUGGCCAUUUAUCGCCACCGAACACAUUUAAAUCACACAGUGGUCCGGUGAUCUCUGGGGAACAAUGUAAAGCUUUGUCCACGGGUCCAGAUGAUAUCGUGGUGGUCCACGGAGUGAGGACUGCAAUUGGCAAAGCUAAAAGAGGAUCGUUUAAGGACACGACUCCGGAUGAGCUGUUGAGCUCUGUGAUGACGGCGGUCCUGGCAGAUGUGGGUCUGUCACCUGAGAGGUUGGGGGACAUAUGUGUGGGGAAUGUGCUUCAGCCUGGAGCAGGGGCCCUAAUGGCCAGAGUGGCUCUUUUCCUCAGUGGGUUCCCCGAGACCGUGCCAGUCUACGUGGUCAACAGGAUGUGCUCCUCCGGGCUGCAGGCUCUGUUUAACGUUGCAGGAGCCAUACAGAUGGGCUGUUAUGACAUGGGUCUGGCCUGUGGAGUGGAAAGCAUGUCUCUGCGUAACCCGGGGGAACCUGGCGAUGUCAGCUCCAGACUCAUGGACAAUGACAAGGCUAGGGACUGCAUCAUCCCCAUGGGCAUUACCUCAGAGAACGUGGCGGAGCGUUUUGGGAUCUCCAGAGAAAAGCAGGACAAGUUUGCUUUCAGCUCCCAGCAGAAGGCCAUCCAGGCUCAGAAGCGGGGUGUCUUCGACCAGGAGAUCUGCCCCGUAACCACCAGGUUUGUGGACAAGGACGGCUUGGAGCAUACAGUUACCGUAACCAAGGACGAUGGGAUCCGACCUGGUACCACACUGGCGGGGCUGACCAAACUCAGAGCGGCCUUCAAACCUGACGGCAGCACCACAGCAGGUAACUCCAGCCAGGUGAGUGAUGGAGCUGCGGCAGUGCUGUUGGGACGGAGGUCGGCGGUGGAGGCCCUGUCCCUGCCCAUCCUGGGAGUGCUGAGGGCCAGCGCGGUGGUGGGGGUACCCCCAGAUGUCAUGGGGAUCGGGCCAGCCUACGCCAUCCCCGUCGCUCUGAAACAGGCUGGUCUAUCUGUGGCUGAUAUUGAUGUGUUUGAGAUCAAUGAGGCGUUUGCCAGCCAGGCUGUUUACUGUGUGGAGAAGCUGGGCAUCCCCCUGGAGAAGGUGAACCCCAAUGGGGGGGCCAUCGCUCUAGGUCACCCUCUGGGCUGCACUGGGGCUCGCCAGGUUGUCACACUGCUCAACGAACUUAAACGCCGUGGACGCAGGUCUUUUGGCGUGGUGUCCAUGUGCAUCGGCACAGGCAUGGGAGCUGCAGCCGUCUUUGAGUAUCCUGGAGUGUAGAGGCGUCAGGCCCUGUCUUGGAUGCCUUUCACCUAAGACGCAGCUUAACCCGACCCUCCUGAGCUCUGUCAGUCUGCACUCAGAGUUAGUUUGCAAAAUAAGAAAUGGCCAGAAUAUUAUCUCAAGGCUUAUGAUCAAUCAGGUAGUGUUUCUACAAGUGAUUAUGAUAGGCCCCUGUCCUUGGUUCAGAAAGACGACUCCCAAUGUCAAAAUACCACAGAACAUAUACCACAAUGUCACUAUACAGAAGGUCCAUCAGGUUUGCCAGCAAACCUUUCCCUCUUCAGCACUUUGACAAAUGGAAACAAGCCAUUACAUAUUUCCAGGCAUAAUAUCAUGGUUGUCCUAUUGAUCAACAGAUAAUGUUGAGGCGUUCCCGAUAACUGAUCAUGUUGAGAUCAUUUUUGUUUCCUUCACUAUAGAGCCCUAACACUUUUCAGUGAUGUCUGUUUCUUCACUGAGCUCAUGUAAUCAGAUGCUGUAUGAAUGAACUGAUAAAUUCCACAGAUUACUGUAUUAACUCCUCGACAAAGUCUGAUGGAUAUCUUUAAGUGCCUUGCAUUUCAGGAAACCCCGGUUGUUGCACAAUUCAUACAUUAAUUUGUAAAUAUGUGAUUUUUCUAUGAAAUAUUAAACCUUGGUGUGAAAUGGUUCAACUGUAUUUACAUGGGUUGCAGUCGUUUUCAGCAUUAAAGAACCAGCAGGUAUCUACUUGCUAUCUAACUAAU